AUGGAUACCCUAAGUCAGGUAAGUCUAGUGGUUUAUGCAAACUAUGGACGAGUGGAAGAUUUCGUGAGACUCAAGAAAGAUAUGGGUGUGAAUGUCUCUGGAGCCGUUGUAAUCGCGAGGUACGGUCAGAUAUACAAAGUAGACAUUGUGAACAACGCUUACGAGGCAGGAGCUGUCGGUGUUGUGAUAUAUACAAACAAGAGAGAUUACGGUGGAGAUGAGUGGUUUCCGGCGAGUAAAUGGAUGCCACCGAGUGGGUUUCAAGUUGGUACUGUUUAUAAUGGGUUAGGUGAUCCAACGACUCCUGGAUGGGCAAGUGUUGAUGGGUGUGAGAGAUUAUCCGACGAGGCGGUUGAAUUGAGCGGUGAUGUUCCGCUUAUACCGUCGUUGCCUGUCUCAGCUGCUGAUGCUGAAGUGAUUCUGAAGACAAUUGUUGGAGAUGUGGGGCCUGGACCUGGGAUCUUGAACCUGAGCUACAUAGUGACCAAGAUUCAGAAUGUUAUUGGAGUGAUUGAGGGAGAAGAAGAGCCUGAUAGAUAUGUGAUUCUUCGAAACCAUAGAGACACUUGGACUUUCAGAGCUGUUGAUCCGAACAGUGGCACUGCGGUACUUAUGGAGAUUGCACAAAGACUAGAUAAGCUGCAGAAAAGAGGAUGGAAGCCUCGAAGGACGAUUAUUCUGUGUAAUUGGGAUGCUGAGGAGUAUGGCUUGGUCUCUAGUUUAUCUGAAAUAUCUUAUUGGCUAUUCUUUUUUAUUAUUGUUUACACAAACACCAGUAACAUAUCUCUGAAAUUGCACUGGAAGCAAAAUGAAAGUUGAGAAGGAACAAUUUGUUUUCUUGUUUGUUCUUCAUAAAAUUUGGGAAGGAACAAUUUUCUUCUACGAUUCUUCAUAAAAUUUGCAUUUGGUU